GCGACGAGGAAGGGCAGGAAAGAGAGCCGAGCGGUGGUGAGCAGAGGGUGGCGGAGAUGUGCGGAGGUGGGCAGAGGUGGGCAGGGGUGCGUGGAAGUGGGCGGAGUCGGGCGGAGGUGACCGGAGCGAAGAUGGCCAGAGCGGAGGUGAGUGGGCGCAGAGGAGCUGGCCGCCUGGACAGCAGAUGGGCCGAGGUGGGCGAAGGUGGGCGGAGGUGGGCAGGUGGAGCGAAGGUGGGCGGAGGCUGGUGGAGGGGAUCGGGAUCGGGAUCGGAAAGCGGAAGCGGAGGUGGCGAACUUGCUACGUGGCGAUCUUGGCACGUAGGAGGGGAAGGUGGCGAACUUGCCACGUGGCGAUCUUGCCACAUGGCAAUCUUGUCACGUGGGAGGGGGAGGUGGCGAGCUUGCCACGUAGCGAACUUGCCAUGUGGUGGGAAGCGGAAGCCGAGGCGGAAGUGCGCGGAGGUGGGCAGGUGGAGCGAAGGUGGGCGGAGGUGGGCGAAGGUUGCGAACUUGUCACAUGGCGAACUUGCCACAUGGCGAUCUUGGCACGUGGGAGGGGGAGGUGGUUGGAGGUCAGCGGAGCAGACGCAAUGGGAGGGGUGAGAGUCGGAGGUGGGUGGAAGAACCUCCAUCCUUUUUUUUUUUUCUUUUAAUGUUUUUAUUUUUUUUCAAUCAAUCAAUCGAUCAAUC